CCUAUUGGCAGCAGCUCAGUUUAAUCUCAUUGUGGUUUAAUGGUAUGCACAGAAUAACAUGUUUUGCCGCACUGUCUACUAUAUUGAGAAAACCAAGAGCAUGAGCCAUCAGCAGACUGUAGUCAUCAUUAAUAAUUCGAUCUACUUGUUUUUGGCAUAUCGAUCUACUUGUUUUUGGCAUAUCAUCAGGGAAUUUUUAUGACCAUCCGGUCUUGCCCUGGAUGUACGUAUAAUAUCUGUCACUAUAUAAACUUGUGGCAGUUUAUAUACACCCACACACACACACUAUAGUACAACAAGCAGAUCAGGUAAGCUUCCUGUUUCAUGUCCAGGUCCAUUACUAGCUAGUCUAGCUAUGUUGAAGACAGUCUUUAGGCUAGAAUUAUACACGAAGAGAAGCGUACUUAUUAAGUGUUCUAUAGCCGUGGUUCUGUCUGUCGUCUUACUUCUAUCCGUUUGGCAAGGCCAUGUCCGUGGGAUGUUUGGCAAUGGCCCGAUGACGGUCAACGAGACUAUGAUAGAAGAAGACAUAAUUUUACCAGCUAGCUUCAAAAAGUUGAAUCCUGCUAAUAAUAUAUCUCUGCAACAUCCUAAUACUAGAAAUGGACUGUGGAUAAAAAUAUCACAAUCAUUUAUAGUAAGAAGAAUAGGUUAUCUCGACAAAAGAGAUCUGAAUAACAUUACCAUAACUUUGCUAUCAAUGCAAGAUAAAAGAAAGCAUCUUCCUCAAGAGAUAUUCCUCAAAAUAUAUGAUCAAGAUAAUCGUGUUGUUGCUUGCUUGUCAACUUCAUUCGAACUUGGUGCAUUAAAAGGCAGAGACACCUAUGUGCUUUAUUUGAUACGUAGUUCAAGGUUGAUGGAUUACCAGACAAAGUCUAUAUCGUAUGUGAAAAUAUCUACUAACAAACAAUGUGUCUCCGAUUUUGAUACCAUACUCAUUAGGACUGUUGGAGAUAAACCUCCAAAAUAUGAUUUCGGGAUGUGUCUUCAUAAAGCUAUUGAAAAUAUUUCCCCUAAAGUUAUUCAUGAUUGGGUGAAGCUAAACAUAGCAUUAGGGGCAGAAGUGAUAAUGCUGUACCUUCAAACAAAAGCACCACAAGAAAUUUUUAAUGUUUUACUGCCUUUCAUUAACAAAGGAGUAGUUGAAGUGUUGGACUGGCAACUGGAGCCACCACUUACUAAUGUUAGUUCAUCAAGUUAUGGGCAGACUGGAGUAAUAUCUGAAUGUAUAUGGUACAACAUGCACAGAGUGAAAUACCUUGGACUCAAUGAUGCAGAUGAGUUCUUUGUUCCUUUGAAACACAACAAUGUACAGGAUAUGCUGAGAUAUUUGGAGAAUAUACAAGAAGCAAGGAGGGCUGGUUCAUAUAUAUUCACUAAUGCUCUUAUCAAAGGUCACAAGGUUCUGCCUAUUGUUAAAAAAACAUUAAAUUCAAAAAAAUGUGAUAGCCUGAGUGUUGAUACACUUCCAUCUUACUUCAAGAGGUCUGAGUACUGUCUUGAAAAGGGAGGCCAGUCAGUAAAAAUGAUAGUCAAACCUGAUGCAGUAUUCACUGCAUGGGGACAUGUGCUCAUAACUUAUCGUUCAGACAAGUAUACAAAAGAAUAUAUAAUUCCUGAUACACUGGGCCUCUCAUAUCAUUACAGAUCUCAUUGGAAUAAUUAUCAUGGUUGUCGCACUUUAAGAAAAGAGACCAGGAUUAUUGAAAAAUUCUUUACUAACAUAACACAAUGCAAUGUGGUGUAAUGAAAACUAAUAAUGGUUUUUUUCUAAAAAAGACAAUUUCAAGAACUUUUCAUAAAA